UCUCGCGUUGAAUGUCCCGGUAACAGCGCGUGGCUCUUCUCUUGAGAGCUCCCUUUGAGCAGUCCGCCCUGUCGCAGCGCGCAAGGGGACGUUCCGUUGGCAGACGCAGCGUUGAUUCAGCGACCGAUCGAAGCAUCACGGCCCGCAGCGUUGACACUGCUCCACAUCUAUUUGUCACCAUGACUGUAGGGCACGAUUUGACCCGCCGAGGGUCUACCCAGGUCGUCAAUGGGAUGGCCUUGGAGGACAGGUUUGAAGUGCUGAAGGAGAUUGGCGACGGCAGCUUCGGUAGUGUGGUGCUCGCCCGGGUCCGGAGUGCCGGUGCCAGUGUCGCUCGCCGUGGCACGGUGAUUGCCAUCAAGACAAUGAAGAAGACAUUCGAUUCUUUUUCGGCAUGCAUGGAAUUGAGGGAGGUUGUGUUCCUCAGGACAUUACCGCCUCACCCUCACCUGGUCCCCGCCCUCGACAUCUUCCUCGACCCUUUCAGCAAGAAGCUCCACAUUUGUAUGGAGUACAUGGAGGGCAACCUCUACCAGCUAAUGAAGGCUCGGGACCACAAGUGUCUGGAUAACGCCAGUGUCAAGAGCAUCUUGUUCCAGAUUAUGCAAGGCCUCGAGCACAUCCACGCCCAUAGCUUCUUCCACCGGGAUAUCAAACCCGAGAAUAUCCUCGUCUCUACAUCGUCCCACUCCGACUACAGCAAUUCGUUCAGACGGUAUUCCGCAUUGGUCACCCCCCCAUCAACGCCGCCAACCUACACCGUCAAGAUUGCCGACUUUGGCCUGGCUCGAGAGACGCAUUCGAAACUGCCGUACACCACCUAUGUUUCCACUCGGUGGUACCGUGCCCCCGAGGUGCUGCUCCGGGCGGGCGAGUACUCGGCACCGGUGGAUAUUUGGGCGGUCGGUGCCAUGGCUGUCGAGGUAGCCACACUGAAGCCUCUGUUCCCAGGCGGAAAUGAGGUUGACCAGGUCUGGAGGGUCUGUGAGAUUAUGGGAAGCCCUGGAGUCUGGACCAGCAAGUCUGGCGAGCCGGUCGGUGGUGGGGAUUGGAGAGAAGGAAUCCGCCUUGCCGGGAAACUCGGCUUUUCGUUUCCCAAGAUGGCGCCGCACUCGAUGGAUACGAUUCUAUCGACUCCACAAUGGCCAGCCUCGCUCGCACGCUUCGUCACUUGGUGCCUCAUGUGGGACCCCAAGAACCGCCCAACCUCAACACAGGCGCUUGCGCACGAGUACUUCGCCGACGCUGUUGACCCGCUGCGGCCCAAGUCGUCAGCCUCUAAGAUACUUGGCCGGAAACAAUCCGAUGCUGGUUGGGCCAAGGAUUCUGGCGCGUCGGCUUCGUCAAAGCAGUCGUGGUUCAGGAAAUCCCUGAUUGGUCGUUCAGAGAGCGUUGAAGCCAUGGCUGCUGCGCCGCAGCCUGUUGCAAAGGAAAAUGUUGCGCCGCGCCCAUCACCGAUCAUCUCAUCUGAGCCUCCAGUUCCGAAGCCGAAGGUCACUGCCGCAAAGCGGGCGACUUGGACAAAUGGGAUGUCCAACGCCGCGCCCAUGCCGAUUCUUCCCACAAUUCGCCCUAUCUCCCCGCUAUCCAACGCCGUUACCGUCCAAGGCGAUAGCAGAACGCAGGCAGACGAGAAGGCUUCUAAGAAGAUUAGUCGUCAGCUAUCUGUGCAGUCAAGCAACCAUUACGCCGAGCUCCACAGGCAGCAGGCGGAGCGAGCGCUCAACGGGAACUCCGGCUUGGCAUCCCCGACCAGCAGCUCCAAGGAAAGCUUCUUUUCCCAUCUGCGCAAGCGAGCAAGGAGAUUUUCAGGGAGACAUCAGACGCCAAUGUCACCAAGUUACGAUGACCUUGAGGCCCAGGCUGGCUGCGGACCGUGGGGAAGCACUAGUAAUAGGUCUUCCAUGGUUAUUGAUAGCCCGCCCCCGGCCCCUGUUCCAAAGGACACAUACGAAUCUCUGGACAAGAAGCUUCGUGAGAAACCGCAAGUCUUAGAGGUUCCUCCCGCGCCACCAGCACACCAGGUCGCACCGAGCGGUAAUCUCAAGCGUCACCACUCAUUGCCUCAUCAUCAACCUAGGUCUAUCGAUAACUUGAUGGUCGCGGCUCGUGGGUCGGGCCCGGUAUCGAGUCGGCCACGGAGGGCACACGCCGUACAGGGUGUCAACCAGUACGAUGCACCGGAUGAGGAGGACGAGCUUCUCGAUGAGGUCUUGCAAUCCACCCAACGUGUCAUGAAGCGCCUCGAGAAGGACGAGCAACCCCUGAGGCAAGCGCCCAGCAACAUGGGGCUCGCCAACCCCUAUCCAACGCCAUCACCGUCUGCCGGCGGCAACGGUUUCUUUUUUGGCGACGGAAAGGAAGCCGUCACCCCGAAGCCGCUGGACUUCAACAAGAAGACGGCAGAGUACAAGUGGCCUACGCCGCCGUACGACGAGAACGACUGGGCAGCGUCCGCAUCGGCAAGCAUCUGGGCGGCAGGGAACCGCUUCUAAACACAGUCGACACAGCGACGAGGCUUCGCUGGAAUUCCAUAUCCUGUCUUACUCUCUUCCACUCACACAAAAGUCUUGGCUGGGGUUUCAUCGGACGGUGUUGGGGCUUGUAUCCGCUUUUUGGGUGGCAUCAUUGUUAUCAUACACUGUCGGUCGCAUCAUUCAUUGCUUUGUCUGCCCAUUCAACCUACCAUUUCUUAGUCUGCCCGGCGGUAUUCUACAUCCCCGCCUGAUGGGCAUUAUUUCACGCUUUCCCGCAAACGCCGCGCGUCUGGACGUGGCAUCUCUUGUUGCCUUGCACAAAC